CAGUCACCAUCCCAAGAACAACGCGGGAUAUCUUUAUUUGUUUUCGACAAAAUACUAGUUUUAGGUUUACAAUACAGCGACUACAUUUCCGAACAUCUGCAUGUGUGUAACUUUGCCACGAUAAUCUUAAAUAUGAAGACGUAGUGUAAAAGCAGGAGGAAGAUGGGGAAAUGGCAGUUGUCGAUGGAUCCGGUGCAGGAGUGGGGCGAGGAGGAGGAGGACGGGGCCGUGUUCGGGGUCACCCUGCGCAGGGAACCCGUCCUGCAGAACUCCGAGUCGUCGGAUCUCUCGUUGGAUCUCUCGCCGGCCCACGGCUGCGUGCAGUACCACACGGUGAAGGUGCGCAGGCUGAAAGCCGCCACCCCGGAGCGUCUGAUCGCCCACCUACUCGAUCCCGACCGCCGGGAGCCCGACUUCAUCCACGUGUUCCUGUCCACGUACCGGGCCUUCACCUCCAGCAGCGCCUUCGUCGAGCUCCUGUUUAAGAGAGAUGAAUCUCUCACCAACCUGGACAACGUCGUCGGCUCUCGCAGCCCCCUGCUCCCAGUGGUCCGCCUGUGGCUGGAGGAGUACAGCGAGGACUUCCAGGAGCCCCCCCAGUACCCGACCCUCCGGCUCCUGUGCGCCCAGCUGCGCCGCCGCCUCUGCUUCAGACGCUUGGCUCAGACUGCCGAAGCCUUGCUCAAGAGGCUCCAGGAACAAGAUCGCAGCCUGUCGGCGUCAGGACGUGAAUCGUUACAGGACGGUGAUCAGGGGGACGGAGGAGAAACCUCCACGAAACGCGACAUUUACGACUUCAUGCACUUUUCUGCGAGAGAGGUGGCGGAGCAGCUGACCAGGCUGGACGCUGAGCUGUUUGUGAAAGUGGUGCCCUUCCAGUGCCUGGGCUGCGUCUGGUCUCAGCGUGACAAGAAAGAAAACCGAAAGCUGGCCCCGACGGUCCGAGCCACCAUUUCCCAGUUUAACGCGGUCACCAACCGCGUCAUCACCUCCCUGCUCUGCUCCUCUCCCCCCAGCCCUUCCACUUCCUCCCCCAUCUCAUCACCCUCCUCGGCCUCCACCUUCCUGUUCCCCUCGUCCGCUCCGGGCUCGCCUCGCUUCUCGCUCGCCAGCCCGGCUCACAGAGCGCGCGUCAUCGAGAGGUGGAUCGCCAUCGCACAGGAGUGCAGGCAGCUGAAGAACUUCUCCUCUCUACGGGCGAUCCUGUCGGCGCUGCAGUCGAACGCCGUGUAUCGCCUCAAGAGGACCUGGGCGGCCGUGAGCAGAGAGAGCACGAGCAUCUUCGACCACCUGUGUGAGACGUUUCCUGAUGAGAACUGUGUGCUGAGCAGCAGAGAGAUCCUAGUGGAGGAUGGGAGUCACCCAGAGAGCAGCGCCACGCCGGGCUCCAAGUCCCCUCGACUCUGCUCAGAGCCCAGACACACGAACUUCGGCAGCGGCGUCGUUCCUUACCUGGGCACGUAUCUGACGGUCCUCACCAUGCUGGACACGGCGCUGACGGACUCUGUGGAGGGUGGAUUUAUCAACUUUGAGAAACGCAGACGGGAGUAUGAGAUUCUCUCCCAGAUUCGACAGCUCCAGGCUUUCUGUUGCCACUACAACCUUCCAGUCAGCUCUCAGGUCACCGCCUGGCUGCAGGCUCCCACUCUGCUCACAGACCAGGAGAGCUACGAGCUGUCUCGUGAGCUGGAGCCUCCCGUCGAUCCCUGCCCCAGCUCGCCCAGCCUGUGGAGCAAUCGUCUCCUCGCCAAGAAGCUCGCCCAGUUGCGAACGUCUCACUGCGACCAGAUCAGCGUUUCGUCUUCUGGCUCCAGCGGCUCAGACACAGACGACCUCUCCGUCCCGCAGCCUUCUCGCCUCAGACUCAAACUGAAGUCCCUCCCAGGCUCUCUCCACAACGUCGCGGAGGACUCCUCCAUCUCCUCCUCCGCCUCUUCGUCCCCAAGACUCUCCAGGUCGUCGUGCAGCUCCUCGCACCCCGAUCUCCGCUCUUCGUCUCUGGCUCUGAGCCCAGAGUCAUCGUCGUCGCAGUCCGGCUGCUCUCCUCCGGCUGCGCAGCCAGUCUACAACAAGCAGGUGGCGGACUCGUGUAUCAUCCGGGUCAGUGUGGAGUGUGUCGACAACGGGAACAUCUACAAGAGCAUACUGCUCACCAGCCAGGACCACACGCCUCACGUGGUCCAGAGAGCUCUUGAGAAGCACAACAUGGAAGACUUGAGGUGCAGCGACUUCGGCCUCUUUCAGAUGCUCAACCACAGAAAAGAGCUCCAGAUUCCCGACAACGGCAACGUGUUUUACGCCAUGUGCACCUCCGCCAACUACGACUUCGUCCUGCGGCGGCGCUGGAGGAGCCGGGGCAAACCGUGCGGCCCGUUUUCCAGCCCUGGAUCUCAGCACAGAACCCACCAAAACAAUUGA